AUGAAAGAUCUUGGUUCCUGUUCUCAUUUCCUGGGCAUUACAACAACCUUUACUACUAAUGGUGUUUUUCUUAGUCAGGCUACAUAUGCAACUGCUUUAUUAAACCGGGCUGGGAUGCUGACUUGCAAGCCAGUUUCUUCUCUGCUGCCGCUUAAGCUUGAUGCCUUCUGUCCGACUGAUGCUCUGUUUAAUUCCCCUGAGUUGUAUCGCAGCUUAGCAGGUUCUCUUCAAUAUUUAACAGUCACACGUCCUGACAUUUCCUAUGCUGUCAAUUACCUCUGCCAAUUCAUGCAUUCUCCAAAGAUCUCUCAUUUUCAGCUGCUAAAGAGGGUUCUUCGGUAUAUUAAAGGGACCUUGCAUCAUUCUCUUCAUUUUCAGUCUGGUCCUCUGGUUCUCUCUGCAUUUUGUGAUUCAGACUGGGCUGGCGAUUCAAUUGAUCGUCGUUCUACCUCUGGUUUUUGUAUCUUUUUGGGUUCUAAUUUGAUUUCUUGGUGUGCCAAAAAACAGCCAACUGUUGCUCGCUCGUCUACUAAGGCUGAGUACAGGGCCUUGGCUCUCACGGCUUCUGAGUUAAUUUGGCUACGUCGACUACUUCGUGAGCUUGGCAUUUCAAUUGAUACACCUACUGAGAUUUACUGUGACAACAUUUCUGCCAUUGCUCUUGCUUCAAAUCCUGUAUUUCAUGCAAGAACGAAGCAUAUCGAAGUCGACUAUCAUUUUAUCAGGGAGAAGGUGCUUUCCAAAGAACUUCAUAUUGCUCAUGUCUCUAGUGCUGAUCAAACUGCAGAUAUCUUCACCAAAUCCCUCACUGCUAGAAGGCAUUCGCUCCUCUGUUCCAAGCUGCAGGUCUCUACCCUACCUUCAGCUUGA